UCAAUUGAGCACUUUGACUGGCCAGUUGAUUCACUUGGGAUUAUUUUGUGCUUUGUGGACAAAAUGCACAUCAUCUUCACGCUCAUCGCUGCCAUUUGGCUGUGCUCACUGCCAGUCCGUGCAUCUGGAUUCGGAAGAUGUCCGAAGUAUCCAUCAAUGCCAAAAUACAACAUGACUAAGUUCACGGGAAAGUGGUACGAAGUGGAGCGAUCUUUCUACUUGCCGGAAAUCGCUGCCGGCUGCACGACGCUCUCCUUCCAGCCCGUGAACAUGUCUGAAGAUCUGGAGGCGGACUAUGGGAGGCUGGAAGUCGCCAUCAAGACGGUGAAUCAAUGGACCGGAAAUCCAUCCGUUUCCCUCGGCUUCGCGCUGCCAGAGUCUGAGAAUUCAUCCAUUAUGCACUUCCAGCUCUCGUCGAGACUUCCGACCGCCUUGGCUCGAUUGCUGCCCGGCUCUGGAAAAUACCAAAUCCUAUUCACUGAUUACGAUAAUUUCGCCAUCCUCUGGUCGUGCUUCAAUUUCGGAUUCGCCCACACUGAUCAAAUCUGGUUGCUGGGCCGCGAGCGGGAUUUCGUCUUCGAGAUCCGCAAGAAGAUCUACGAUGCUCUGGAUCAAUUGGGCCUCGACUCGGAUCGUCUGGUGAUAUCGAAGAACAAGAAUUGUCCAGUGACAUUGUGACACACCCUCUAAAUACCCUUAACAUUAAUUCUGUGAUAAGAAACCUUAAUUGUUUUCUGGGCGGGAGGAGAAGAAACACUGUAAAUCCGCGGCAGGCGUGCAAAGUUUCAAAUAAAGUUUCGAGAAACUGAGCAAAGAGAGA